CGUUCGUGCCUUUUCCCCCCUCUAUCCCCCACCCCUCAGUCUCUGCACCCCAGCAGGGCAAGGCUCUCUCCCCGGCAGUUUCAUCCGUAAAUCUCCUUUCACCUGCAAUUAUGGGAAGCUUUAGGCAGCUGAAGAUCCGAGCCCGUCUGGGGCACCAGGCUGCCGGGAAAAGCCCAAGCGCGACCCGGCCCUGCUCAGCAUGUGCGUGUGCAGGGGGUGAGAGGGUUCCUUCAUGGUUCAGUAGCUUAAUGCUUGCUGGAGAAGACUGGGAGCAGGAAGAAAAUAAUUUGGGGUCGACAAAGGGGAUGGCCUGGUUUUCAGCCUCGCUACACGCAGUUUUUCUUCCUUAAGAAAAGGGAACGAAGGAAAAAUCCUUGGGAGAGGCGUCUGGCUGCUGGUGGGGCAGCAGGGCAGACAGGCUCGGUGUGUCAGGCUGUGCCUCUCUCUGUGCUGGGAUCUCGGCUGGGUUUGUGCUGGCUGGUUAUGUCUGGAAAUGUACAGAAAAGCUGACAAAACUCCUCAGCCGUCCUGCAGCCGCUGCUGCAGUGGCAGGGAAGGGUUUGCAGCUCCGCGCUGCCUGUCCCUGUAUUUAUGUAACCUUCACGUGGGAAUGAAUGAACACACACGGCGCGUCCACGCUCGGCAUUUCUGCUUUUUAUAGGUUUACCGGUUUGAAAUCUCUCUCUAUAUUCGCUACUCAUUGACAUCUGGACUCUUUUACAACUCUACCUAUUGCUGUGAUGAUACGUAGGCGGAAAACCUCCUUUGCACCCGGGUGUUUUUCUAAGGGGCUCUCUGAGAAACCUCCCAAACUCUCCACGUGUGAUUUGCCAGGAGAAUUACUCGAGGAAGCAACUCCUGAAAAGUCUUCUUAGAUGGCCUUCAGCUGCCUCACUGGAGCUUCGCCUACUUGCAAAGCACCAGUUGCAGGCUACAGGCUCAGGGGGAAAAAAAAAUAAACAGAAGCCCUAAAAGCAGCAAGGAAAAAAAAAAUUCUCCUCGCCCGUUUUAUUGCUUUCCCGAAGUUUUUUUUUUCUGUUAAUUGUGGUCAAAAGUUUUUGCGUGAAAGCCUCGGCCAGUAUUAAGAGCUCUUACAUGUUGCAAAGUCAUGUGUUUCCUUUUAAGUUGAGAUUUGCUGAAUGCCAACCGCUCGAUAUAAUAAACAGCAAAUUUGUGGUAUCCUGUUGCAGUUUGGAGCCGGAGCUGGGAGCGGAGAGGAGCGGGGUUUGCAGAGAACCCUCGGCCCACGGGGGGAUCCCCGACUGGCCGGAGCACGGGCAGACAGCCCCGGCAGCCCCGCUGCCCUCGCUGGUGGCUUUUUUAUUCUCGUCUGCCGAGCGUAAAACUCCGCACUUUGUCGGGAGGCUGGGUUCUAAUAGUUCAGACGAUUUGUUUUAUCGGGGUGCGAUCAGCUCGCAUUUCUUUGUUUAGCAGGCAAAAAGGAAACUUGUGAGAGAUCAGAGAGCCCCAAAUGGGCCUUUGCUGUUUAGGAAUGGCAGAGAGAGGAGAAUGUUUCCUCCAUUUAAAGUGAGAUGCACUGGACUGGAUAAAAAGGCCAAGUACAUUUUAUUGAUGGAUAUUGUGGCGGCUGAUGAUUGUAGGUACAAAUUCCAUAAUUCCCGGUGGAUGGUAGCCGGCAAGGCUGACCCUGAAAUGCCAAAGAGAAUGUACAUCCACCCGGACAGCCCGGCCACCGGCGAACAAUGGAUGUCCAAAGUAGUCACCUUUCACAAGCUGAAGCUCACUAACAACAUCUCUGACAAGCACGGAUUUACCAUUUUAAACUCCAUGCACAAGUACCAGCCCCGGUUCCACAUCGUCCGAGCCAACGAUAUCCUCAAGCUUCCUUACAGCACGUUCAGGACCUACGUUUUCCCGGAGACUGAAUUCAUCGCAGUGACCGCAUACCAGAAUGAUAAGAUCACGCAAUUAAAAAUUGACAACAACCCCUUUGCCAAAGGUUUUAGGGACACCGGGAAUGGAAGGAGGGAAAAGAGGAAGCAGCUGACCCUGCAGUCCAUGCGGGUGUAUGACGAGAGGCAGAAGAAGGAGAAUCCCACCUCGGACGAGUCGUCCAAUGAGCAGACUGCCUUCAAGUGCUUUGCCCAGUCCUCCUGUCCUGCCGUGCCUGCCGUGGGCACCUCCAGCCUCAAAGAUCUCUGCCCCAGCGAGGGAGACAGCGAUGCAGACAGCAAAGACGAUCCCUUGCUAGAAGGAAACGAGUCUGGCAAAAUCAGCACGACCACCGCCGCCACCCCAGCGCCGGCCAGCUCCGCUGCCACCGCGGGGGACGACCCCCGGGACAAGGGCGGCAGCCCCUCCAAAAGCCACUUCUUCCCCGGGGACUCGGCAGGGAGUCGGAGCCGAGAGAGGAUUGAGAAAGCCCCUCCGGACUCCCGGCACAGCCCGGCUACCAUCUCUUCCAGCACCCGGGGGGGAAGCCUGAGCGGCGAGGAACUGAAAAGCCCCCUCAGGGAUGGCCCCAAAGUAGAUGAGAACCGACUGCUGGGUAAAGAGCCCUUCACCCCCCUGACGGUGCAAACCGACAGCACGGCCCACCUGAGCCAGGGACACUUGCAGAACCUCGGCUUUCCCCCUGCCCUGGCCGGCCAGCAGUUCUUCAACCCGCUGGGGAACGGGCACCCGCUGCUGCUGCACCCCGGGCAGUUCGCCAUGGGGGGAGCCUUCUCGGGCAUGGCAGCGGGCAUGGGGCCCCUCCUCGCCACCGUCUCCGGGGCGUCCGCCGGGGUCUCGGGACUGGACAACACGGUCAUGGCCACGGCGGCGGCCCAGGGACUCUCGGGAGCAUCGGCGGCUGCUUUGCCUUUCCAUCUGCAGCAGCACGUCCUGGCUUCACAGGGCCUGGCCAUGUCUCCCUUCGGCAGCCUUUUCCCUUACCCCUACACCUACAUGGCGGCGGCGGCCGCCGCCUCCAGCGCCGCUUCCAGCUCGGUGCACCGGCACCCGUUCCUGAGCGCCGUGCGGCCGCGGCUCCGCUACAGCCCCUACCCGCUGUCCGUGCCCCUGUCGGACGGCAGCAGCCUGCUCACCACCGCCCUGCCCGGCCUGGCCGCCGGCUCCGGCGAGGGCAAGGCGGGCGGGCUGAGCGCCAGCCCCGGCUCCGUGCCCCUGGACUCCGCCUCGGACCUCACCAGCCGCUCCUCCACGCUCUCGUCCGGCUCCGUGUCCCUGUCCCCCAAGCUGGGCGCGGACAAGGAGGCGGCCACCAGCGAACUGCAGAACAUCCAGCGCCUGGUCAGCGGGCUCGACCCCAAGCAGGACAGAUCCCGCAGCGGCUCCCCGUAACCCCCCGGCCUCCAGGAGCUCAUUUCAAAUCCGUCCCGCAGUGCACUUUGUUUGAAAGAAACCACAUCCUCCACCGCGCGAGUGUUUGUUUUUUACCCCCUUCUUUAUUUUGUUUUUUUUUUUUUUCUUCCAAUUUCUAUUUUUUUUUUAAACAUAUAAAAUCCCGCGGCGUUGUGUGCGUGCUUAGCAACAAAAAAGGUAUCUUGCGGAGCAGGGAAAAAAAAAAGGGUCGGGGAUGGGGGAGCGCUGGGUCGGAGGCUCCUCACAAGGAUCGGAGGCACUGGUGGGGUUUGUGGCAUCCUCCCUUUAUUUUCUUUUUUUACCAGUGUAAAAAAAAAAUAAACCCCAAAACCAAAACACACCAGAAAAAAAAAACCAAAAGAAAAAAAAUAAAACAAACAAACAAAAAAUUCAAACAAACUUAUGAAUAAAAUUAAGUAAGAGAAGUGAUUUUUUUUUUUCUGUCCGAAAGAAAAGCGUGUAAGUAACUCGCGUAUUGGUUCUUCAACAGUUGUUUCCUGGGCGGGUUGUUAACCACAACCCCCUUAGUCGAUAUUAAGGGAAGCUGUGUGUUUAAAAUAUUGUUGUGAUGUCUGAGAGCCAGUUGGUGGCUUUUUUUUUUUUGCAUGUUCCAGAGUAGCCUGCUUUUUUUUUUUUUUUUUGUGAGGGGGGGGGCGGCAGUAUUUUUUAUUUCAGUGGGGUUUUGUUGUUUAUUUUUAGUGUUCGUUUCAAAUCCCAGGGAAAAAAUUAUUAUUAAUAAUAAUAAAAACAAAAAUAAGACCUUUGUCCCUCUACCUUAAACAUCCUCCCUCGUAGCAACAAAAAUAAGACGUGUAGUUGGAAAGAAAAAAAAGUGAAUUUAUUUUAUCUAAAAACCUCUGUAGCUCGACUGUAGAUUUAUCACAGCUUUCCCUCUUUAAUUGUAUAUGCAAUAACAAGGUUUAACAUACUGAGAAGAAGAAAAGAGUGGACACUAUUAUUAAAACAAAGUAUUUAUGUAAUUAUUUGAUAACUCUUGUAAAUACGUGGAAUAUGAAUACUCGAAAUUAAACUUUAAUUUAUUGACAUUGUACAUACCUCUGUAAAUACGAUGGCAGCGGUCUUCUUUUUUUUUCCUUCUGUUUUUAUUUUUAGUCGUUUUCAUUUCAAGUUGGUAAUUCCUUUAAACAUAGAGAAAUCCCCCCAUUUGUGAGGGCUCGGUUUUUAAAUCAGAGCUCAGCCCAGGAACACCUCGUCCUUUGGUCAAGGGCAGAAUGCAAAAGGCAAAGCAGAAAGAAACCAAAUUAUUCAAAGACCUUAAAAAAUUUCAAAGAGACAAAAAGACAAAGCAGUGUGCCAUGGUAGCUUUUAAUCCUCGAUUUCUUCGGUUUUCAAAAUGUCAACAACCACAAAAUUAUAUAUGUUUGUACAGGACAACAGGCUUCUCCAGUGGCUUGAGAGAAAAAAGAAAAAAAAGAAAAAAAAAAAAAACAAAGAGGUGAAGAGUCUAGGAUUUUCUGUACUUUCUAUUAUUUUUGCCUGUUUCCUCAGUGCAUCAAAAACAACCCCGCAAUGGAGUUUCACUACUGUGCUUAUUGUUGUCUUUGUUUGAGUGAAUGCAUAUUUUCUUGGGUUGAAAGCCAGGUGCUCAGAGCUGGUUCAAAGAAAAAAAAAAUGAAGGUAUAUUUUGUGUUAUAUAAAUGUUGACAAGUUCUUGCUAUUUUUUUUUUCUGUAAUUUUUUUCCUCCUUUUAAAAGUCACUGAAGUUUCAAUAAAUUUUUAUUGAAAUGU